AUGGACAUCGCCAUCCAGCAGCCCUGGUUCAAGCGUGCGCUGGGCCCCUUCUACCCCAGCCGGCUGUUCGACCAGUUUUUCGGCGAGGGUCUCUACGAGUACGACCUGCUGCCCUUCCUGUCCUCCACCAUCAGCCCCUACUACCGCCAGUCCCUUUUCCGCACCGUGCUGGACUCCGGCGUCUCCGAGGUCCGAUCCGACCGAGACAAGUUCGUCAUCUUCCUGGACGUGAAGCACUUCACUCCGGAGGACCUCACCGUGAAGGUGCUGGAGGACUUCGUGGAGAUCCACGGCAAACACAACGAGAGGCAGGACGACCACGGCUACAUCUCCCGCGAGUUCCACCGCCGUUACCGUCUGCCGUCCAACGUGGACCAGUCGGCGCUCUCCUGCUCCCUAUCCGCGGAUGGCAUGCUGACCUUCUCCGGUCCCAAGGUCCCGUCUGGUGUGGACGCUGGCCACAGCGAGAGAGCCAUCCCCGUGUCGCGGGAGGAGAAGCCCAGCUCUGCGCCCUCGUCCUAAGCUCAGCCUUGGCCUUGGCUGCCCCCACGCCUGCCCCCAAGGCCCAUCCAUUGGGGGAACCGUAGAAAGUGGGGUGUCACCUCCCUUUGCUUUCCCUGUUUUCAUUUCCUUUUCCUCUUCUCUGAGGGAACGAGGGUUUGAGAGGGUUGACUGGAGGGCUCGGGGCCUCGGCCUGGGGUGCUGCGGCCUCAGGGUGACCCAGAUCCCCCGCACCGGCCAGCUGGUGGAAACCAUCGCUGUGCCAGCGGCUCGAGACAACAGCCCCCCGCUCCCCGAGGAUGCAGGCUCCGGGUCACCUCUGGGUCUCCGGGGCUGGCCAGGGGCACCUUGACCCUUGCUGGUGGGCGCCCACCAUCAGGACCCGGCCGCGUGUCCUGCCCACGUCUCCUGGGUGCCCUGAGGUCCGUCUGGCGGAGGCUCCCGUGUGCCUGGGCUCUCAGCACCCGUCCUCCCAGACCGCCUUCCCUCCGCCCUUCCCCUCUGUAGUUCCGCUCCUGGGGCACCGGGGCGCCCCCCACAAUGCAGCCCACGGCAGUCAAUAAAGAGCAGGUGACCCA